AUGAGAGUAAAAUCUGUAGGAACUAAAGCUAAAUAUUUAACCAAACUUACCAAAAAUGUGGAAAAGUUUAAAAAUUAAGCUGAGAUUAAAGAAACCUUCCCUUAAGUUAAAUAAAUAGUUUUAGAUGGAGGUAUUGUAAGAUAACUGUUUUUAUUAUCAAGGAUAGCUGCUGAUAAGCUCAAAAAUAAUGGAAUAACUAGAAAUGGAAUUAAAUAGAGAUAGCACUUAGAGAUAUUUUUUGAAAAGGGCUCAAAGAAUAUUGAUCUUCCUUUUAAUCAUUUUUCAGACCAAAAUAGAAUGCUCAAGAGCAAUAGAGAGUUGCAUACCAACGUUUACUAUGUAAAGAAACUCUACAACAGAGCAAAGCUAUCAUAGGUUUAGAUGCUGAAUAGAUUAAAAGACUAAAUUUAAAAGUAUUAUGUAGCAAGGGUAUAUUUCACUACUUAAAUAAAAAAAAUAGCAGAUACAAAUUAGGAAAACCAAUUAAAAGUCUAUUAUGAAAAAAUGGAUGAGAAAUAAUUCAGAUUAAAAAGCUGUUAAAUGUUUAUCUUAGAAAACUAAGAAACAGGUGAAGCAAUGUAUGGUUUUGCUUAACGAAAGAUUGAUGCAUUAAGAUUUUCUAUAAAACUAAUUGAAUGUGAUUUUAGGAAUUAAAUAAAAGUAGAACUUUCAAAAAUAUUUAAAAAAGUUCUUCCUAAAAUAGGCAGCAGAAAGUUUGGAGAGCUUUCUUAACAAUAAAUAUAGAUAUUCUUAUUAGAUAAGUUGUUUCUAUAAUAAUCAAGAUCACUCUCAAAAGCCUUAUCGAUAGAAAGAAAAUAAAUUUAGAUAAAAAACGCUAAAGCAUUUGAUGAACAAAAGAUAUUGAAAAAACAAGAAAAAGAUAGUAACAAUUCAAAGGAAAAAUUCAUUUUAAAUUUAGACAUUAAAAUUAAUAUAGGAAAUUCAAUAAAAAAUUUAAGAAUUUCUCAGCCUUAAAGAGUAUAUCUGUUGAAUUUAAUAUAAAAAAAUUAAAUGACUAAAUUUAAUAAUAAGUUAUUCACUAUUCUUACUAAAUAAGCAUUUUAGAAUGAGAUAACUAAAAAGUAUGAAAAUAAAUAUUAUUAAAAUAGUAUAUCUUAGCAAGUAAUUAAUUAAAUUACAAUGAAUAAAUUAUCUAAUGAUACAUCAAAUAGAGUUUGCAUUUAAACUCAUCAAGCUAGUUAACAAGAAGAGUAUCAAUCCUCUAGUCUAAGGCUUUCGAAAAAUAAUUUUAUUUAGUUAAGAAAAAUCAACAUCUUAAGUCUCUUUGAGUAAAAUGGUUAUGAUAAUUUUAAUAAAGGACAACUUAAGCUUUCAACAAAAGAUUUAUAAGAAAAUUAAGAAUAAUUAUUACUGUAAGCAAAUAAAAAACUCAAAUAGUAAUUCAUAAUCCAAACUUCAGAAGAUAAACUUUUAGGAGGAGGAAUUUGUGGUAGCAAAUCGAAAAUAGGAAAAUUAAAUAAAAAUAAGUAAAUGAAGUAAAUUAUUGAUGGAUAGGAAUAACUUAAGAAGGAAUUCGAAAUUUAGAGUGAAGAGAAUAAAAAAAUUGAGGAAUAACCUCGAUUCAAAAAGUUUAAUGAUUCGUAUAGUGAGUAUUUUACAACUAAAACAGUUAGUGAAGAUGAAAUAGAAACAGAUGUUAGAUUGAUUAUUGAAGAGACUCUAUUCAGGUACAGAGAAUAAAUAGUUAGGCAAGAAAUUAGACAUAAAGUCAUAAAUAUGAUUAACUUGUUAAUAAACUAUUUGUUAAUCAUUAGAUAAAGUAAUUCAUAAUAAUCAAUUCAAUCUGAUAUUAACUCAAUAACUGAUAAAUUGCUCAUACUCAUUACAUAUUGUAAAGAAAAUAAAGACAAGAUUCCAUGCUUGGAUCUUUUUCAAUAUUUUGACUUCCUAAAAACAUUGAAUUCUUAAAGAUAGGGUUUAGAUGAAGCUAAUAAAAGUGUAGCAGUCAAAAUCAUUUCAAAAAUUGUUUAGAUUGCUAAAUUCGGAGCUGGAUUUGUAAGUAUUGCAGGAGCCGUAAAAAAUUUAACAGAAAUAGAUUUAAAUUAAAUAAAUCAAUUUAUAAAUGAGAUUAAAUAAAUUGUUCAACAAAUUACUUCUAAAUCUUCAACAGAAGCUGUACAAAUAGGACUUAAAGGCUAUUCUGAUUAUAAUACCAAUAACAUUGCCAAUAACAUGUAAGCUUUAUGGUUGAAGAAAGUUGAAUAUUUAGGAGAAAAUAUUUCAUAAAAUGAUGCAAUUUAAGAAAUAUUUUUCUAUUUAGAAGAAUCUCCAAAGAUAACAAAUAAAGAUAUCCAAUUGUUUGUUUACAUGCAGUUAAACUAUUUACUUUCUAAAUAGAAAAUUGAAGAUAAUUUUGAUUAAUUAACUAAGAAAUUUAAAGAAUCAAAAAAGCAAGAACUAAUAAUUCAAUUAUCAAACAUUCUACAAGUUAAAGAUUAUUCUGAUAGUAUCGCUGAUAAAAUAAAGAAUAUUGCAAGUUUAAUUGCCUCAAGUAAUUAAUUUAGAUAUAUUAAAGCUUAGUUACUUUUAUACUUUGCCUAAAUCCUUUUAAUGCUAAAUGCAUAAAAUGAAUUUACAGAUAUCAUGAUAAAUAUUGUCUCAAAUUAUUUAUAGGAAAAAUAAAAAUGUGUUUAAAUUAUUUAUAAAAAUAAUUGGAUAAUGGCAGAUUUCAUACAUAAACGACUUGAUAAAGCUCUAAUUUUAAUAUAAAUAAACGAAUAAAAAAAUUAGUUAAUGAAGCAUUUAGAAAAUAAAUAAUAGUAUUAUGAAUUUGCAAAUAGUAUUUAAAAUGAAAAUGAUUUAGAUAAAUUACUUGCUAAAUAUUACGUUGAAAUGUGGGAAUAAAGUGUUAAGCAGAGAUAGAAAAAUCUUGAAAUAAGUCACAAAGAUGAUGCUCUACUAGAAGCAAUACACUUAUAUGUUAAUUAACAAAUAACUUACUUAGAAGGUUAUAAAAUUAAUACAGAAGAGAAGGACGCAGUGAAAUAAAUUAUUGAUUAAUUUCUCAUCCCUAAUUUUGAGAGUUCUUCUGAUGAUGUUCAAGAUUAAAAUCAGCAAAAAAUUGAAAAAUAUAAUUCUAAUAAGUGUAGGAUCAUAUCUAUUUUAGCAGAAGGAGGAUCUGGUAAAUCUAUGCUUCUAAAAAAGCUAGAAGUCGAGCUACUGAAAGGCACUGAUUCAGAAUAUACAAAAGACCAAAGAUCCGAUUUCAUACCAUUUAUUAUUAAAUGUAACUCUCUGGAUAGAGAAAAACCUUCGAUUGAGGACUAUCUACAAUCUGUAAAUAUAAAAAAAGAGGAUGUGGAUUUGUUAAAGAAAUCUGAGAGAAAUAAACUAAUCAUGCUAGAUGGCUAUGAUGAAUAUACUGGAGAUUAUUUUAAAGUUUACUAAAAAUUAAAAUUAAAUGAAUGGGUGAACACUCUAGUGAUUGUUACUUCUAGAUUAGAAAAAAUCACAGUUUCUGAUGCCAAAAAAUACUUUAGUUAUUAUGAUAAUUAAGGAAAAUAAGGUUAAUUAAAUUCCUAUGCAAUUUUUAAAUUGGAAAAAAUUACAAAAUAGGACAUUGAAGAUUAUUUAGAAAAAUAUAAAAAAUAGUAAGGAAAUCAAAGAGAAUUGAAAAUAAAUCAACUUUCAGAGAUUAUUCAUAAAAAUUAAUAAUUAACUGAAUUAUUAAUGUUACCUAUUAAUUUAUAUCUCACCACAAGAAUGAUAGCAGAUAUCGAUCUAGGUGAUCAAAAAAUUAUAAAGACUUUUCAUUAAGUUUCAGAUCAAGUUGAGAUUUAAGAGCUCUUCUUUUAAUAGCAAUUCAAAAAACAAUCUUAAAUUUUUAUUGAGAAAUAAAAUUAACUAAAUUUAAACCAAUAAGAAAAAUAAGAACUAAUCGAAAAAGUAGAAUCUUGCUACUUCGAAUAUUUUUAAUCAAUUGCUAUGAAAAUGCUUAUCUAAAAAGGUUAAAAAUUAAAUUAUCUUUCAAUAACAAGAGACUCUGUGUAAUUUUAACUAAGGGAGGAGAUUUCUACUAUCUUCAAAAAAAAUAAGUUAAAGAUCGAUGAUCUCAUUAAAGAACUAAAUAACUAUGUUGAUUCUAGAAUUAUUACAAGAGUUCAAUUGAAAUUUGAUUAACAAAAUAAUAACAAUCAAUCCCAAAAUAAUAAAUAGAAAGAUUAAGAUGAGAAUAAAUUUUAAGAAUUUGAGUUCAGACAUAAAUCUCUUUUUGAAUAUUUUGCUGCUAGGGCUAUGAAAUAUGAUUUUGAUAUUCAUAGAGAGAAUAUCUAUAAAUUAGAUAUAAAGCAUCUAAAAGAAUUUAAUAUAAAUAAAAGAAUUAUCAUGAGCAACCAAACGAAUGCAUCAGAGUCAUAAAUUCUUUAAAAAUUCUAUAAACUAAUGUAAUCUGAAAUAGAUUCAUAGAAUUUCAAGAAAAUAUAUGCCAAAGAAGAUAUUUCUUAAACAAGCAAAUACAUACAAUACAUUAAAAAAUCUACGAUUUCAAAAAAUUCUGAAAAAAGCCAAAUUGAUAUUGGAGCAUCCAAUUUAUUAUCAGCUCUCUUUCUUUCCAAAUUUUAUUUUCCAAAUUUGAUUUUUGAAAAGUGUUCAUUUUCAUAAGCAUACAUCUCUUCAGAAUAUCCUAAACUUGUUGAAUUUAAGGAUUGUAAUUUAAGUAACUCAUUUAUUCUAAAAUAAAAUUUAGAAAAUUAUGAGACUUCAAAUCUUACAAAUGCAUCAUUUGGUACUUUCUAAAAACAAUUUGAUACUUAGAAUUUUUUCUCUUUCAACGGAGUAAUAUUUCAUAAAGGUUAUCUUGUAUCAAUAACUAAUACUGGCUAUGUAAAUUAAUUUGACAUAUCACAAAAUAAUAAUCAAACUUUUAAAUUGGUGUUAUCAAAAAAAAUAACUGAUACCCAUUUGAAAAGUAUUCGUUUUAUCAAUGCAAAAAACAUUUUUGUUAUUAGAACAAAUAGAUCGUUAUUUGAAAUAAAUCCUCAAAAUUUUGAAAUAAUUAAUACUUUCACUUUUGCCUUUCCUAUUUCUAGCUUUGGAAUAAAUGAUUCAAAAUAUAUUAUUACCUUAAAUACUAAUUAAACAUUUUAUGGUGAUAUUUAAAAUGGUUUCAAAAUUCUUGAUGAAAAUAAAUUUUAAGCCACAUACUCUUUACUAAUAAAUAAUAAAAUUAUUACUUCUACAAAUAAAGAAGUUAAUAUCUAUGAUUUUUAAACUCACUCAAUCAUAGAAAGUAUUAAAGAUUGCCGUAACAUUGAUUUAAGUAUAUCUUCUUUAUCUCCAAAUUGCAAGUAUCUUGCAACAGUUUCAGAUUAUAAAAAUUGCAAAAUCUGGAAUUUAGAAAAUGGAUUUCAACUGAUAAAAACAAUUGAAGGGCACUAAAGAUCAAUUUCCUCAAUUACCUUUUCUGCAGAUGGCAAGUAUUUAGCAACUGGAUCAAAAGAUAGCACUUGUCAAAUCUGGAAUGCAGAAAAUGACUUCCAACUCUAAAAUACUAUUGAAGGACAUAAAUAAUAUAUUUACUCAGUUGCUUUUUCUGCCGAUGGGAAGUAUCUUGCAACAAGUUCAGAAGAUGAUUCUUGCAAAAUCUGGGACAUAGAAAAUGGAUUUAAACUCAAAAAUUCUAUUUAAGGGCAUACAUAAUUUAUUUUAUCAUCUGCUUUUUCUGCAGAUGGCAAGUAUCUCGCAACAGGUUCAAAAGAUUUCACUUGCAAUAUAUGGAAUCUAGAAAACGGAUACUAACUCAUAAAUACAAUUAAUGGACAUACAGAUAAAAUUUAAUCGGUUGAUUUCUCUGCAGAUGGCAAGUAUCUAGCAACAGGUUCUUAGGAUAAAACUUGCAAAAUCUGGAAUGUACAAAAUGGAUUCUAACUCACAAAUUCGAUUGAAGGACAUAAUGGUGGAAUUUUCUCUGUUAAUUUUUCUGCAGAUAGCAAAUAUUUAGCAACUGGUUCAGAUGAUGGAACUUGCAAAAUAUGGAAUGCUGAAAAUAGAUUUUAACUCUAAAAUACUAUUGAAGGGCAUAGUGUUUAUUCAAUUGAUUUUUCAACAGAUGGAAACUAUCUCGCGACGGGCUCAUAAGAUGGCACCUGUAAAAUCUGGAAUUUAAAAAAUGAAUUUUAACUCACAAAUACGAUUGAAUCAAGCCAUGGUUCAAAUUGCUUAGUUGCUUUUUCUUCAGAUUGCAAUUAUCUGGCAACAGGUUCAGGAGGCACUAUAAAAAUCUGGAAUGCAGAAAACGGAUUCUAACUUAUGAAUACAAUUAAUGGAGAUACUGAUGCAAUCUAUUCACUUGCUUUUUCACCAGAUAGCAAGUAUCUUGCAAUUGGUUGUUUCUAGUUAAGUGAAAUAUCAUGUAAAAUCUGGGAUGUAGAAAAUGGAUUUCAAAUGAUAAAUGCAAUUGAGACAGGACAUGUUUAAUCAAUUAAUUCAGUUACUUUCUCUGCAGAUAGCAAGUAUCUUGCAACAGGUUCUUGGGAUAAAACUUUUAAAAUCUGGAAUGUUCAAAAUGGGUUUCAAUUCAUAAACACGAUCUAAGGACAUACUCACUGGAUUUACUCAGUUGCUUUUUCUACAGAUAGUAAGUAUUUGGCUACAGGUUCUAUAGAUAAAACUUGUAAAAUAUGGAAUGUUGAAAAUGGAUUUCAACUUACAAAUACACUUGAAGUUGGAGUAAUUAAUCUUCAAUCAUCAGUUGCUUUUUCUGCAAAUGGAAAGUAUCUUGCAACAGGUUCUGAAAAUUUCACUUGCAAAAUAUGGAAUGCAGAAAAUGGGUUUUAACUCAUAAAUAAGAUUGAAAAAGAAGCUGAAGUAGCUGCUUUUUCUGUAGAUGGAAAAUAUUUCAUAAAUAAUAUGUGUGAUGUAUGGAAUGUUGAAAAUGGAUUCUAAUUGAUAAAAAAUAUUGAAGGACAUCCUGGGUAAAUUAACUCAGUUGCUUUUUCUGCAGACGGUAAGUAUCUCGCUGUUGGUACUUAUGAUUAUACUUGCUAGAUUUGGAAUGUAGAAAAUGGAUUUAAACCAAUAAAUACUUUAGAAACAGGAUAUGUAAGAGCGAUUAAUUCAAUUGCUUUUUCACCAAAUGGCAAGUAUCUCGCAACAGCUGCUUAUGAUAAUCCUUUUUAAAUCUGGAAUGUAGAAAAUGGAUUUCAACUCAUAAAUAAGAUUGAAGUACCACCAAGGCAUAUUAUUGUGUCAAUUGCUUUUUCUGCAGAUAGCAAGUACCUCGCAACAGGUUCUCAUGAUAAAACUUGCAAAAUCUGGAGUGUAGAAAAUGGAUUUCAGCUCAUAAAUACUAUUGAAGGACAUACUAAAUUAAUUACCUCAAUUGCUUUUUCUGCUGAUGGCAAGUAUCUUGCAACUGGUUCUCAUGAUAACACCUGCAAAAUAUGGGAUGUAGAAAAUGGAUUUCAAUUAUUGAUUAAAAAUGAAAAAACGAAUGAAAUAAAUGCUAUUGCUUCAUAGGAAAAAAAAAAUUAAAACGAAGAGAUUUUAAUUAGGUAAAUAAAACCAAAAUAAGUUUAUCAAAUUUGA